UGUCACGAAUCGAAUCCGUUACUAGCCCUCGUUCCAGCGUUUGGCUUACCAACCGAAACAAAAUCCACGGAAUCACUCGGAACUAGGCUCCUCCUCUCGUCCUGCUCAGGAUAGAAGGAGAACAAGGCAGGGUACUCCGGCGUGGCGGCAUUGCGAAGCAGAGCUUCCUCUCCUGAAGGUACGAACCUUCUUCCUCACACAUAAAAGAACAGACUCACACAUAAAAGCAAGCGCGGCACCGCCCUAGUCUCCUCUCUAUUGCGGCCUCCGCCUGGAUCUGACUGGAUCCUCAGCCCACUGCCGCGAAUUCCUCUCGUUUCUUCUGCCUUGCGUCGCUAUCGGAAAACUAUUAACCUUGACAUUCUAUCAAGGUGCAAACACAGCUGCUGACCAAUAAUUUGGGUCAUGUCUACCCCCGCUUGCAAAGACGGGGCUAAUCUUGACGACAACCAUCCCAACGGGCGACGUGCCAAGUCCAAACAUGGUUGUCCUGAUCGCAACCCGUUUGACCCCAAGAACCGCGGACCAUUCGUCUUGUGUGUCUUCGUCUUUACAUUAGCAAUUUUCUUCUGCUGCUUGGUUGGGAUCGCAGUUUUCAAUGAGGACCAACCACCUGGCGUUGGCGAUAUCUUCCUCCGACUUAUAGGAAAAAGUGGGCUUGAUCCCGGUGCCUCUCCGCCGACUUCGCCGGCUUUCCGCCUUGUGUUGGACUUCGAACGGACACCACAAACCUACCGGCGCUGCAGCGGAGGAGGCAACUCGUUACUGCACGUCUCCUACCAUGACAUGAUCCUGGCGUGGGCUCAAGUGCCAGAUUUCUGCGUCUACGGCGACCGGGGCAUUGGCAGUGUUGGUACCUUGGAGGUGGAGGCCAAGGCAGACGCCUCCGUGCUGCGAGAGGAGGUGCGCAACUUGCUUUGGAGCGAGAUUCAGGUCGUGGGGAAGGUCAAGUUCGACGUGCAAGGAGAGGUCGCGGGCCUAGGGUAUCUUCGCUGCAAGUUCUUCAUCAUGAAAGAUAAGGCUGCGCAUGUGCCCAAGAGCCUGUGCAUCCUCCGUCAAUAGGCUGGACCUAUGCCUUCUGAUAAGGGUGUUAUAUAUUCUCCCUUCUGUCACUGGAUUGCAUUUACUUUUGUAAUAGCUGCUAUAUUCUGCUUUGAAAUAAAACAAAACAAUUUCAGCUGCAUAUUUUUU